AUGGAAGACAAAACCAAGCGAAGAUCAACUCAGGAAUUAUUAUCACGUGAGAUGCGCGUUAUUGAUGGCUAAUACGGAGUUCUAGAUCACCCUAUUCAAAUGGACAGAACCUUACUUUUGUACUAUUUCCCUUAUAAGGAGGAGGAUGAUCGACACCCGACAGAGAAUAUUUUGUGGGAAAGGCUUAAGCCGGCUAUCAAACAUCUUAAUCUGGAGGAUUUGGCCACGGAUCCGGACUGCAAAAUUUGUUCUCGCCCUUUGGGGGAGAGGGAAGAACUCGAAGCAAGAGAACCUUAUGAGACAACCUUCCACAAUUCUGGAUGGAACGAUAGUCCUAUCGUGUUGCCUUGCAAGCAUAUCGUAGGUUACCACUGUUUGCGGCGUAAGAUUCAUGAUUGGGAUUGGAAUGCUUGUAGGGAAAGGGUCGAAAACCCUGGACCGCUAAUCGUUUGUCCAGUCUGCGAGGAGGAGCUCAAUGUAGUGGGAGACAGAGUGCUAUUUGAAGAUGGUGAGGAACUUCGCUGGCUUGACGAGCUUGACCCUCUGCUUGUAGAGGAUUCUACGAUUUUAGCAGAGAUCAACAAGAACACUUCACCAUGGUGGUUGGAGAUACUAAGGGGUAAGGAAUAA